AUGUUCCCGUGCACCCUCCGCUCUCUCCUCGCCUUCGACCCCGCCGAGGCCAUGCUUGCCGCUGCCCUCUGUGAAGCCACGCUCGCCACCGCCCUACCCUUUUCUUCGGCGUCAUCACGCUCUCCUCCGUUUCCACCUCGCUUGUUGCCGGCAUGGGAUGAGUGUGGUGGGUUGUGUGUCCCAUCCCUCGCCAGCGAGAUUUUUUGCGCUGAGAAGCGCUUUUUUUUCGUUGUUGGCGGCGGUGGUGAGGACAGCAAGUUCACAGAAGUGGAUUUGGUGGGUGAAAAAUUUGCUACGGUAGAGGUAGAGGUGGAGGUGGGUCACAAAGGACGGCGGAGACGGUGGAGGAGGUUCGGAGAGAAAAGAAAAAGAGAAGGCAUAGCCUCGGCGGGGUCGAUAGCGAGGAGUGCAAGAGGUGAGCGGGCGCAUGGGGCGGAGGCGAGAAGGUGCGUCCCAAUGGACGGUGGCGAGCAUAGCCUUGAUGGUGUCGGAGGCGAGGAGAGUGGGUGGUGCGCGGACGAGGGCGCAGCCGGCAAAGCUAGUAGUACCCACAAAAAAAAUCCUAUUCCCCUCUUGCUGUUUCUCUCUCUCUCUCUCUCUCUCUCUCUCUCUCUACAAACUAUUCUUCAACAAAAAUUGCCUAACAAAUCCCCCAAAAAAACCCCUCUCUACGAUGAGCGCCCCUUCGAACUCUUCUUCUUCUUCUCCGUCGCCGUCGCCGCCGCCGCCGGAGACGGCUGGGCCAGCCUCCACAAGCUCUCCGUCUGUUGCCCCGGCCUCCUCCGCGCCGGCGUCCUCCUCGAGCACUCCGACUUCGGCCUCGAGCGCGAGAUCGGCCCCGACCGCAACCUCCUCCUCCCACCCCAUAUCCCUAACCCUAACCCUAAUCCCCCCACCUCCACCGAUUCGGCAGCCCCACCUCCCAACUCGGUCGGCUGGUCCCUCUUCGACGACCUCUACCUUGACACAGUCUACGACCGAUCCGAGUCCAAGGACCCCUCCUUUACCCCUCCCGCCGCCGCCGCCGCCGCCGCCGCCGCAGCAGCACCCCGCCGCGGGGAUUUCUGCAGGAAGCGCAAGCCCCAGCACCGGGCCGGCCCCGUCGAGGCGCAUUUGGCUUCGGGCUCCUGGACCCUCAGCCGCGAGCAGGGGAACAAGCUCCUCGCGAGCCGCUUCCGCGGCGAUUCCUUGUACAUUUGCAAUUGGCCCGGUUGUAUCCACGCCGAGGAGAAGCGCAAGUACAUGCUUUUCCGGGGGGUCUUCAAGAACUUCAAGCGGUCUAGGGUUUGGCGCACGAUCAGCGACUCGAACAGGGGCAAGAUCGGCCUGGAUUGCGCGUUCUGCGAUUGCAAGGAUACUUGGGAUCUGCACUCCGCAUUCUGCUUGCGGAGCUUCUUCGGGUUCCACGACGACGGCGAGCCCGUCGUGAGGGCUUUUGUCUGCGAGAACGGGCACGUUUCGGGCGCCUGGACGGAGAGGCCGAUGUAUACGUAAAAUCUCAUCUCUAUCUAUCUAUGCCUCCCUCGGUUAUGCCUUUGCUUUUGGGAAUAAUUGCUAGUUGACUGCUACAUUCUCUCUACUAGGAUGAUGAUAAAAAUUGGUCAUAUUAAUGUUUGUUGUUGUGAACUUUGAUGAAUAGUUGUUUACAAGUCAUUUAUCUAUGUAAUGUUUUUAUGGAUAAUUAAUGGAGAAUUUCUUGUCUCCAGUUUGAGUAGCGCACGCGAAUGAGAUUCGCGUUUGAAUUGUAGUUGUCGAAUUAUGUUUUGCAAGAAUGGGCAUGUUUUGGUGCAGGGGCGGAGAGGCCGAUGCAUAUGUAAAAAACCUUCCUUUUCUCUCAAUAUGGUCUUGUUUUGUCGGAAUUAUA